CGACAAUGGCUACUCGUACUGAUCGCACUUUCAUUAUGGUCAAGCCUGAUGGCGUCCAGCGUGGGCUCGUCGGCCGAAUCAUUCAGAGGUUCGAGAAUAAGGGCUUCAAGUUGGUCGCUAUGAAGAUGUGCAGUCCCAGCGAGGAGCACUUCAAGAAGCACUAUGCUGACCUGUCCGAUAAGCCUUUCUUCGCUGGUCUUGUCAAGUACAUGCAAACUGCCCCUGUUGUCGCUAUGGUAUGGGAAGGUCUUGACGCUGCUGCAGAGGGCCGUAGACUUCUGGGUGCUACCAAGCCCUCAGAGUCUGCUCCUGGUACAAUCAGAGGCGACUUUGGCCUUGAGGUUGGCAGGAACCUUAUCCACGGCUCUGAUAGUCCCGAUUCGGCCGCUAAGGAAAUCGCUUUGUGGUUCCCUGAAGGCGUCAACGAGUGGAAGAAAUGCGACUACCAGUGGGUCUAUGAGGGUUAAACCUAGGAAGGGUGGAGACUGUAUCACUGUCGAGCAUUUUUCUAAGUGUUGGGAUGGUUUCCUCUC